AUGUUGAAGACGAUUUUUCUUGUUGCCAUUGCGGCUAAUGUAUUUCUUAUAGUAUCUUCUACAGAUGAAUGUUGCGGCGAAAAUGAGACAUAUGAAGACUGUCCAGCUACAGUUUGUAGACCAAAAAAAUGCUCGGACUUGGGUUUUCCGCUAAAUUGUCCCGAUGAAAAACCAGAUGGUAGCUGCCCAGGAAAACCUGGAUGCAUAUGUAAAUUUGGUUAUGUUCGAGACAAAGAUGGUGUAUGCAUACCCUCAAAAAAUUGCCCUUCAUGUGGAGGGGACAAGAAUGCAGUCGCAGGGUGUGGAGUGAAUUGUAAUAAGCAUUGUUCAGACAUCGGCAAAGAACCUGGUGCAUGCAUUCUACUAUGCUAUCCAAAUGGAUGUGACUGCAAAGAUGGUUAUUAUUUGGACGAUAAAACUGGAAAAUGUGUCCUACCUUGCAACUGUGCGGAAUCAAAAGACAAUCCGGGAAAAUCUUCAUCAUCAUCAUCAUCGAACUCGUCAUCACAAUCAUCAGCAUCAUCGAAUAGUAAUAACAAUGGCAAAUCAGCUUCUAAUUCGUCUGCAUCGUCCCAAAGUUCAAGUUCGUCUUCAUCUAAAAGUGGAAAAUCUUCCGAUUCAUCCUCGAAUUCAUCAGCGUCAAGUUCUGCAUCAUCAUCAGCAUCGUCAUCAUCAUCCUCAAAGUCUCCCAAGCCCGAUCCUAACUGCCCAAAUAAUGAUAAAUGUCCAAGACAGAACGAAGUGUAUGAUCCAUGUCCUAUAAUCUGUGCACCGGAUACUUGUGACUCUAUUGGCAAAUCUUAUAAUUGCCCUAAUAUUCCAUCAGAUCCCUAUUCUGUACCUGGAUAUUGCAAACCGGCUUGUAAAUGUAAACCCAAUUAUUUUAGAAAUCUUAUCAACCAAUGUAUAUCCAAGGAUGACUGCUUAAAAUGUACGGGACCGCAUGAAUAUUUCUCAUGUGGUGGUGCUUGUGACAAUGUUUGUGCUACAAUAAAACAACAGAAUCAAACCCACUGCCCGAUCAUUAACAUCACUUGCAAUAGAAAAUGUUACUGUGAGGAGGGUUACGCUCGAGAUGCCAACAAUAUCUGUAUACCUAUUGACCAGUGCGAAGAUUCCUGUACACCGACAUCAACUGAACCGCCGGUAGGAGACGAUGCUCAAGUGCGUUUAAUAGAAGGAAAUGUCGAUUUUACUGGAAACUUCCUAUAUGAAGUUAUCAAUUACUACCCAUUAACCAGUGUAGUGAUGUCGCCGUUCUCCGUUUUAGUUCCUUUAGCAGAGCUGGCUCUUUAUACCGAUCCAGGAACCUCUUACGAUCAAUUAUUGAACACGCUCAAUCUUAAGAACAAAGCUGAGAUUCGUAGUGUAUUCCCGGUACUAUUGAGUUCAUUGCAGGCGCAAAAAGAAGCCAUUUUAGAUUUAGCUGCGAAAGUAUAUGUGAACGAAAACUACCAGCUUACCGAGAAUUUUGAAGAAGAUACACGUGUAGUCUUUGGCGCAGAAGCAGAAACCAUUGACUUCAGUAAACCUGAUGAAGCUGCCGAUACUAUUAAUGCUUGGGUAGAAGAGGAAACAAGGGAGCGUAUAAAAAAUAUUGUUACACCGAAUUUAUUCAGCGCUGAUACACGUAUAGUCCUGGCCAAUAUUAUUUAUUUCUUGGGUAAUUGGCAGGAACAAUUUAAUGUAAACGACACGGAAGAAGCCGAUUUCCAUAUUAAUAAUAAAUUAAAAAUAAAAGUACCAAUGAUGUAUCGAAAGGACACUUUUAAAUAUGCAGAGAAUAAAGAUCUUGACUGUAAGAUCCUAGAGAUUCCAUACAAAGGAGGCAACUUUUCAUAUGUUAUCUUUCUACCAAACGAGGUCGAAGGUUACAAUUCAAUUGCAGAAAAAAUUCGUGAUCCCGAUGUGUUUAAUGGAGCUCUAGAUUUGUUACAGUCCGAACCUUGUUUCCUUUAUGUACCGAGACAUGAAAUAAGUACCACGAUUGAUUUAACCGUUAUUUUGAAAAAGCUCCAGAUCACAGAUUUAUUCGAAAUUGACAAAUCAAAUCUUAACGGAAUAUUAAAGAGCAAAGAUAAAAUUGGUGUGUCAGCUGCGAUACAGAAAGCCGAUAUAAAAGUAGACGAAGUAGGUACCGAAGCGGCUGCUGCAAAUGGUAUGUAAUUAAUUGUUGGGACAACUUCAUCAUCUCCAACUAACGUAUACACUUUCAGAGCGGAUAAACCUUUUAUUUUCUACCUCUUACUCAAUAGAAAUCCAUUAUUCUGUGUGUCCUGUGGUGGCGAUCCAAAUGCAAAGCCCGGUUGUGGAAUUAACUGCGGCAGACUAUGCUCGAACUAUAAUAAGGGUCCAGUAGCUUGUGCUAAAAUAUGCAAAGCUGAUGGAUGUGAUUGUAAGGAAGAUUUUGUCUACGACGAGGUACAGAAAAAGUGUGUGUUGCCUGAAGAUUGCUGCACAGAAUCACAACCUAGCUCGGGAGGAACAUCUUCAUCGUCGAAUUCAUCUUCGCACUCUUCAUCUUCAUCAUCAAGUAGUAGCACAAAUAGCAACUCAUCGUCUAGUGCAUCUUCUGCGUCCCAAAGUUCAAGUUCGUCCAGUUCUAAAAAUUCAACAUCCGGAAAGUCAUCAUCUAAUUCCUCGUCAUCAAGUUCCUCAAGCUCAAGUUCAAAUGGGUCCAGUUCUAAAAAUUCAUCGUCCGGAAAGUCAUCAUCUAAUUCCUCAUCGUCAAGUUCCUCAAGCUCAAAUAGCUCAGGUUCAAGCUCAUCAGGUUCAUCGUCAUCGAAUUCAUCAUCAUCUAGUUCGUCGUCCUCAUCUUCAAAUAAUAACCAAAACAACCAAUGCUCUAAUAAUAAUCAAACCAAUGUGUCAUGUGGAGGAGAUGAAAAUGCACAACCCGGUUGUGGAGUAAACUGCAAUAGACAUUGUUCAGAUAUUGGUAAAAAACCGGGUGCAUGCAUCUUGGUGUGCUACGAAGAUGGAUGUGAUUGUAAACCUGGAUACUAUUUUGACGACAACAUUGGAAAAUGCGUUUUACCUAGUCAAUGCACACUUCCUUGUCGUGUAAAUGAAGUUUACUCAAACUGUACUAAUGCCGGUUGCGGACCAAAGUCUUGUGCUGAAACGGGAAUACCUCUUCCAUGUGAUCAACCUGAUGAAUGUAUAAAAGGAUGCGCUUGCGACACGAACUACUUGAGAGCUGAUAACGGUACCUGUAUACCUCGAGACCAGUGUCAAAAAUGCACAGGGCCCAAUGAAGUAUACGAUGAUCAAGCUAGGUCUUGUCCACCACAGACAUGUGACAGUAUCGGCAUCAAUUACCUCUGUGCUGCAGAGCCCGAAUCGUCGAAAGGAGCCUGUGUUUGCCGUAAAGGAUAUCUUAGAGAUGCAAAUGGGAAAUGUAUUCCAUCAGAAGAUUGUCCUUGCAACGGCGAUCCUAAUGCAGUACCCGGUUGUGGCGUAAACUGUGGAAGGUUAUGUUCAAAUUACAAUAAAGGACCAGUAGCAUGUCCGGCAAUCUGCAGACUAAAUGGUUGUGAUUGUAAGAAAGGCUACGUGUAUGAUUCCAACUUGCAGAGAUGUGUACUCCCCAAAGACUGCACGCCAGUUUGUGGAGCAAAUGAGGUGUUUUCAAAUUGCACUAACGGUGGAUGUUCAGCACGGGACUGCUCACAGUGGGGGAAACCUAUACCCUGCGUUAAAUUAGAUCCAAAAGCUUGCAAGAAAGGAUGCAUUUGUGACAAUGGUUACUUACGUGCUGAUAAUGGCACUUGUAUACCUGAAGAUCAGUGUCCUCGAUGUUUAGGGCAGAACGAAGUAUAUGAUUCGUGUCCUCCAGUUUGUCCACCGCAGACUUGUGAGGCAAUAGGCAAGGUCUACAGUUGUCCUGCAAUUCCUGUAAAUCCUUCUGCAGCACCUGGGUACUGUAAGCCGGCUUGUCGCUGUAAACCCGGUUUCUUUAGAAAUCUAAUCGACCAAUGUAUAUCUAAGGAAGAUUGUGAAAAAUGUACGGGGCCACAUGAAUAUUUCUCAUGUGGUGGCGCAUGUGACAAUGUUUGUGCCACAAUAAAGAAACAGAACCAAACUAACUGCCCAAUAAUCAACAUCACUUGCAACAGAAAGUGUUAUUGUGAGGAGGGUUACGCUCGGGAUGCAAACAAUACCUGUAUACCUAUCGAGCAGUGUGAAGAUUCCUGUACAUCGACGACAACUGAAGCUCCAACAGGAAACGAUGAAGAUGUUCAAAAUCGGUUGGUACAAGGAAACAUCGAUUUCACUGGAAAUUUUCUAUAUGAAGUAAUAAAAAAUAACCCACUAAAAAGCGUAGUGAUGUCGCCGUUCUCCGUUUUGAUUCCUUUAGCGGAGUUAGCUCUUUAUACGGAACCUGGAAAUUCAAUCGACCAAUUGUUGAAAAUUCUCAAUCUAAAGAACAAGGCUGAGAUUCGAAGUGUAUUCCCGCCGCUUAUACGUUCACUAGAGGCACAACAAGAAGCUAUAUUAGACUUGGCUGCUAAAAUUUAUGUGAACGAGAAUUUCCAACUAACUCAGAGUUUUGCUAACGACACACGUGAUGUCUUCGGUGCUGAAGCAGAAAACAUUGACUUUAGUCAACCCGAACAAGCUGCUGAUACUAUUAAUGCUUGGGUUGAAAAAGAAACAAGACAGCUAAUAAAAGAUCUUGUAUCUCCUAGUAUGUUCAGUGCCUCUACACGUUUAGUCUUGACCAACGUCAUUUAUUUCUUGGGAAAUUGGCAGAAACAAUUUAACCCAAAUGACACGAAACAGAAUGAUUUCUAUGUUAGCAAUAGCAAAUCUGUUCAAGUACCAUUGAUGUAUCAAAAAGGCAGUUUUAAAUAUGCAGAAAGUGAAGAUCUCAAUUGUAAGAUAAUUGAAAUUGUAUAUAAAGGAGGAAAUUUCUCAUACAUAGCUUUCCUCCCGAAUGACGUAGAAGGCUACAGUGCACUUGCAGAAAAACUUACAGAUCCUGCUGUAUAUAGCGAAGCUCUUGAUUUAUUAAAGUAUGAAACCUGUUACCUUUACAUACCAAGGCAUGAAAUUGCUACUAGCAUUGAUUUAGUUGAUAUUCUACAAAAGGUUAGUGUUACCGAUAUAUUUGACACCAGCAAAGCGGAUCUAAGUGGAAUCUUGGAAAACAAUGAACAAUUAGGUGUGUCAGCUGCGAUACAAAAGGCUAAUAUUAAGUUCGAUGAAACAGGAACAGAAGCAGCCGCUGCUAAUGCUACUAGUGCAUCUGCAUCAUCUGAAAGUUCAAGUUCAGCAUCUGGAAAGUCGUCAUCAAGUUCAUCAUCAUCAAGCUCAUCGUCAUCAAGCUCAUCGUCAUCAAGCUCAUCAUCAUCAAAUUCAUCAUCAACAGCUAGAUGUUUAGGACGCAAUGAAGUAUACGACUCAUGUCCUCCUGUCUGUCCGCCGCAAACUUGCGACUCUAUAGGCAAGAGCUACAGUUGUCCUUCUAUACCUGUUAAUCCGUCUUCAGUACCUGGAUAUUGUAAGCCAGCUUGUAGAUGUAAACCCAAGUAUUUUAGAAACCUAAACAACGUAUGUGUUUCAGUGGAACAAUGCUUAAAAUGCAAUGGGACCAAUGAAGUGUAUGACGAACACCCUGUAAUCUGUCCGCCGCAGACCUGCGACAGUAUCGGCAAGAGUUAUUCAUGUCCAUCUCAGACGGUGUCAUCAAAAGGAGCUUGUGUUUGCCGUAAUGGUUACCUUAGAAAUGAUACUGGAGUAUGUAUUCCUAAGGAAGAUUGUGAUUCCUGUACAUCAACAACAACUGAAAUUCCGACAGGAAAUGAUGAAGACGCUCAAACCAGCUUGAUACAAGGAAAUAUCGAUUUCACUGGAAAUUUUCUAUAUGAAUUAAUCCAAAAGAAUCCACUAACCAGCAUAGUAAUGUCGCCAUUCUCUGUUUUAAUUCCUUUAGCCGAGUUAGCUCUUUAUACAGAACCUGGAAAUUCAAUCGAUCAGUUAUUGAAAAUUCUCAAUCUUAAGAGCAAGAAUGAGAUUCGAAGUGUAUUCCCGCCGCUUAUAAGUUCACUAGAGGCACAACAAGAAGCUGUGUUAGAUUUGGCUGCCAAAAUUUAUGUGAACGAGAAUUUCCAACUAACUCAGAGUUUUGCUAACGACACACGUGAUGUCUUCGGUGCUGAAGCAGAAAACAUUAACUUUAGUCAACCCGAACAAGCUGCUGACACUAUUAAUGCCUGGGUCGAGAAAGAAACAAGAGAGCUUAUAAAAGACCUUGUAUCUCCUAGUAUGUUCAGCGCCUCUACUCGUUUAGUCUUGACCAACGUCAUAUAUUUCUUGGGAAAUUGGGAGAAACAGUUCAAUCCAAAUGAUACAAAAAAUGAUGAUUUCCAUGUCAGUAAUAGUAAUACUGUGCAAGUGCCAUUGAUGUUUCAAAAAGGCAUUUUUAAUUAUGCGGAAAGUGAAGAUCUCAAUUGUAAGAUUAUUGAAAUAGUAUACAAAGGAGGCAAUUUCUCAUACAUAGCUUUCCUUCCAAAUGACAUAGAGGGCUACAGUGCACUUGCAGAAAAUCUUACAGAUCCCGCUGUAUAUAAAAAAGCUCUUGAUUUAUUAAACGACGAAACUUGUUUGCUUUACAUACCAAGACAUGAAAUUGCUACCUCUAUUGAUUUAGCUGACAUCCUUCAAAAGGUCAGUGUCACCGACAUAUUUGACUCAAGCAAAGCGGAUCUAAGUGGAAUCUUGGAAAACAAUGAACAACUAGGGGUAUCAGCUGCGAUACAAAAGGCUAAAAUAAAGUUUGAUGAAACAGGAACAGAAGCAGCAGCUGCAAAUGACUCAGAAGAGACAUGUUCGCCAUCGAAUUCUGGGCCAGAAUCAUCAUCAGAGUCAAGUGGCAAUAGCAAUUCAGCUUCUAGCGCGUCUACAUCAUCUGAAAGUUCAAGUUUAACAUCUGGAACGUCGUCAUCAAGUUCAUCGUCAUCAAGCUCAUCAUCAUCAAGUUCAUCAUCAUCAGGUUCAUCAUCAUCAAGUUCAGCAUCUUCUAGUUCUUCCUCAAGUUCUACAAAUAAUGAUACAGCUAGAUGUUUAGGAGAGAAUGAAGUAUACGACUCAUGUCCUCCUGUCUGUCCGCCGCAAACUUGCGACUCUAUAGGCAAGAGCUACAGCUGUCCUUCUAUACCUGAUAAUCCGUCUUCAGUACCUGGAUAUUGUAAGCCAGCUUGUAGAUGCAAACCCAAGUAUUUUAGAAACCUAAACAACAUAUGUGUUUCAGUGGAACAAUGCUCAAAUUGUACUGGUGCCAACGAAGUAUAUGACGAGCAGCCUAAAAUCUGUCCGCCGCAGACCUGCGACAGUAUUGGCCAGAUUUAUUUCUGUCCUGCUCAGCCGGUUUCAUCAAAAGGAGCUUGUGUUUGCCGUAAUGGUUACCUUAGAAAUGAUAAUGGAAUAUGCAUUCCUAAGGAAGAUUGUCCUACAUGUUUGGGAAGGAACGAAGUGUAUGAUUCAUGUCCACCAGUCUGUCCACCGCAGACUUGUGACUCACUAGGGAAGGCAUACAGUUGUCCUGCUAUUCCUGUAAAUGCAUCUUCAGUACCUGGAUAUUCAAAAUGCAAUGGGACCAAUGAAGUGUAUGACGAACACCCUGUAAUCUGUCCGCCGCAGACCUGCGACAGUAUCGGCAAGAGUUAUUCAUGUCCAUCUCAGACGGUGUCAUCAAAAGGAGCUUGUGUUUGCCGUAAUGGUUACCUUAGAAAUGAUACUGGAGUAUGUAUUCCUAAGGAAGAUUGUCCUACAUGUGAAGGACGGAAUGAAGUAUAUGAUUCAUGUCCAUCGGUCUGUCAACUGCAGACUUGUGAUUCAAUAGGCAAGGCCUACAGUUGUCCUUCUAUACCUGAUGAUCCAUCUUCAGUACCUGGAUAUUGCAAACCAGCUUGUAGAUGUAAACCUAAUUACUUUAGAAAUCUAGACAAUGAAUGUGUAACAGUGCAAGAAUGCUGUGAACUGCACAGAAUACCGUAUUCACGAGGCUGUGAAUUCGAUCGAAAUGCUUUCUACUUGGAAUGUUCAACGAUCUGUCCCCCGCAGACCUGCGACAGUAUCGGCAAGAGUUAUUCAUGUCCAUCUCAGACGGUGUCAUCAAAAGGAGCUUGUGUUUGCCGUAAUGGUUACCUUAGAAAUGAUACUGGAGUAUGUAUUCCUAAGGAAGAUUGUCCUACAUGUUCAGGACAGAACGAGGUAUACGAUUCAUGUCCUUCAAUCUGUCCACCACAAACUUGUGAGGCUAUAGGCAAGGUUUAUCCGUGUCCUUUGAUUCCAACAAAUAGAACUGACAUCGCUGGUUAUUGCAACCCGUCUUGUCGAUGUAAAACUGGUUAUUACAGAAAUCUAAUCAACCAAUGUAUAUCUAAGGACGACUGCUUGAAAUGUACUGGACCUCAUGAAUAUUUCUCUUGUGGCAGUGCUUGUGAUAAUGUUUGUGCUACUAUAAAAAGACAGAACCAAACCCACUGCCCGAUCAUUAACAUCACCUGCAACAAAAAAUGUUACUGUGAGAAGGGUUAUGCUCGGGAUGCUAACAAUACCUGUAUACCUAUCGACCAGUGUGAAGAUCAAGUUUGUGGAAGAAAUGAAGUAUAUUCUAAUUGUUCGAAUGGUUUAUGCAAAUUUCAAUACUGUUACCAAUACGGGGAUCCCAUAAUGUUUUGCCCGAAAUUUAACACAAGUAAUUGCAAAGGAGGUUGCAUAUGUAGAGAUGACUAUUUGAGAGAUUGUAAUGGGGUUUGCAUACCUCAAGAGCAAUGUCCAGGUUCAUGUGGUGGAGAUCCAAAUGCUAGGCCUGGUUGUGGUAAUUGUAGGAAAACUUGUGCCAACUACAAUAGUACAGACCCCAUCAUGUGUAUUCAGAUAUGCUACGAAAAUGGUUGUGACUGUUUGCCUGGAUACGUAGUUGAUGGUAAUACUGGAAAAUGUGUGCUUCCAGAAAAUUGUACACCUGUUUGCGGAAAGGAUGAAAUUUAUACGAGUUGCGUAAAUGGCGGCUGCGAAAAGAAAAACUGUUCACAACUUAGAGAGCUAACACUGUGUAUAGAUCCAAUUAAAUGCUUGGGUGGAUGUAUUUGCCGCAAUGGCUAUUUGAGAAGCCGAAAUGGUACCUGCGUACCAAUAAAUCAAUGUGACCCUGGCUGCCCAGAUGGGGAAGAUGCUUCGAACUGUCCUCCAGUCGGUUGUAACUCUGAGUAUUGUCCUACAUCAAAUAAUUAUACGACAUAUUGUCCAACACCUCAAAUAUGUGGGCAGCCAAAAUGUGUAUGUGAAUAUGGAAAACGCAGAGAUAGAAAAACUGGAAAAUGUGUUUCUAAUGAGGACUGCCCACCUUUUGCUUGCAUUGAGCGCAAUGAAUCAUAUUAUGAUUGUCCUUCCACGUGCCCCGGCGAAGAUUGUAUAGAUUAUUUACAUAAUUCAACCUGUCCCAAUUUUAAUAUUCUUGUAAGAGUACCAUGUCAGCCACACUGUCGUUGUGAUAAAGGAUACUAUAGGAAUUCUACUGGUUUUUGCGUGGACAACACCCAAUGUACAGAAUGUCCUGAAGGUGAAAUUUACACUAAGUGUGCCCCAGCACAAUGUGAUUCUGAGUACUGUCCUAUUUCUAGAAAUGAACCUUUAUAUUGUCCUAGUACUAAAGAAUGUAAAAGACCAAGAUGCUUAUGUGGUUUCAACAGUCAUAGAGACAGACUCACUGGCAAAUGUAUUCCAACGUCUGAAUGCCCUCCGUUUCCUUGCAAGGGGCCUAAUGAAGAAUAUCAAACUUGUCCACCGGUCUGCCCUGGGCAGAAUUGUUCAGAUUACAUAAACAACUCCACGUGUCCCAAGAUUGGUAGAAUAGGAAUCGUGGUACCCUGUAAACCACAAUGUCGUUGCAUCAAUAAUACAUACAGAAAUACAGAUGGCAUUUGUGUGCCCGCUGAUCAAUGUACACAAGUAACAACUACUCCAGUAACACCUUGUCCCAGUUCAUGUGAAAAUGUCGAUGACGAAUUGAACAAUUUAGAGCAAGGAAACACUGGAUUUACAGGAAAAUUCUUUUAUGAAGUAGUUAAGAGUCAGCCGGGAGUUAGCGUUAUUAUGUCAGCAUUUUCUGUUUUAACUCCUUUAGCGGAACUGGCACUGUAUGCUUCAGGGUCUUCACUUGAGGAGUUACUAAAUGUUCUCAAUGUUCAAAAUAAGGAUGAGAUACGAUGUGUAUUUCCGAAAAUUAUAGACAUUUUGAAGGCACAACAGAACAAUACAUUAGAUUUGGGUGCUAAAGUAUUUGUUAAUCAAGAUUAUCCUCUGACUGAUGAGUUUAAAAAUGACACACGAGAUGUGUUUGAUGCUGAAGCAGAAAAUAUAAACGUAGGUGACCCAGAUAAAGCAGCAGCGACCAUCAAUGACUGGGCUGCCGAAGAAACAAGAAAUAAAAUUACAGAUCUUAUUACGCCAGAUGAGAUUACUUCUUUAACACGUUUAAUUUUGGCCAAUGCCAUCUAUUUCAAGGGUACGUGGAAAAUACAAUUUGACCCUAAAAAUACUAAGGAUCAAGAUUUUUCUGUAACCAAAAAUGACGUCAUACAAGUUAAAACAAUGCAAGUAAAGGAAAAAUUUAAAUAUGCGGAAAGUUCUGAUUUGAAUGCAAAGAUUAUUGAAUUGCCCUAUGUAGAUGAUAUAAUAACAUUUGUAGGUAUACUACCUAACGACAUUGAAGGUUUGCCAAACUUACUUGAAAAACUUCAAGAUCCAAAUGUAUUUAAUGCAGCUAUAAAUAGUUUGAAUCAAGAAAUUGUUACAGUUUCAUUACCCGUUAUGGAUAUAUCCACAAAGAUAGACUUAACAGAAAUUCUACCCAAGGUUAAUGUUACUAAAAUUUUCAAACCUGAAACAUCGGGCUUAAGCGGUAUUAUAAAAUCAAAUGAACCUUUGUAUGUUUCUGAUGGCACCCAAAAAGCUACAAUAACAGUUAACGAACAGGGAUCUGAAGCUGCAGCUGCGAAUGUUGUCGUCGUAUCAACAUAUUCUGCUGUAUCAAAUCCUCCACCGGAGUACUUCUUUAAUGUCGAUCAUCCUGUAGCUUAUUAUAUUUUAUUUGACAAUAUCCCUCUGUUUUGUGGAACAUUCGUAAAACCAUGA